AUGACCGCGCGACAAUCAACCCCUUCGUCAGAGCAUUCGGCUCACUCCGACAGCAAUGUCCGCAAAAGGGUCUGCAAGGCCUGCGAUCGUUGUCGCUUGAAAAAAUCCAAGUGUGAUGGCUCCAGCCCCUGUGGCCGCUGUCGUGCCGACAAUGCCAUUUGCGUAUUCGGCGAGAGGAAAAAGACGCAUGACAAGGUGUAUCCCAAGGGAUACGUCGAGAUGCUCGAGCAACAGCAGGUGUGGCUGGUCAACGGGCUGCAAGAACUAUACCGACGCGCUCAGGACAAUGAGGGCUGGACCGGCGAAGCCCUAAAGCUCGAGCCCAACGGCCACCCUCUGACACACGAUCUGCUCACACGCCUGGGCGCUCUCGACCAUACCAAGGGCGAGCACUUUGAAGAAAACCCCGAGACGAUGCAGCAGGACCUAUGGCGACAAAACAACACGGGCUUUAUGCAGCGACAAGAAUCAUCCGAUGGCAGCUCGGACGUUGCCCAUUCGCCUAUCAAUAAUGAAACCAACAACAAAAACAAUAAUAAUAGGGGCUCGCGCUUUGCAGAUGCCUUUUCGCGACAUCAACUGCCCCCGACUCCGCCUAGUUAUAGCCCAUCGUCGCGCACGCAGCAAUUGUCUAUCAAGGCCGAAGCACAGACUCCUAUUAUGCCAACACUCGCUCACAACAACCAGGGGUUCGCCAUGCCCCAACACGGCGGCGUCAACCCCAUGGCAUUGCAGCAACAGGGAGGACAACAGGGCUGGACAGGAGGCAACGAGCUCAACUCCUUUGACGACAUUGACAUGCUCGGCAACCAGUACACGUUAUUCGACGACCAAAUACAGGCCACUGGUGCAUCGCCCAUGUACGGCCGCCAAAUGUCGAUAAACUGUCUACCGCCGAGUAUGCUGUUUGAUCCGAAUGACGAUUUCAAUCAGUAUUUCAACCCGAAUACGGAAAUUCCGUCUUUAUAG